UUAGGAAGUGUUGUUGUACAAAGAAAACGGUUUUAACAUGAUUCAAAAUUGUACUAAAAAAGGACAAAUAGUAUUAGCAAGCACCACACCUGAUGGUCAUAAAGCAAUCAAUGACUCACUUAUAUCUUUGCAAGAACAUUGGAGUGCAUUAGCUUCUAAAAUGUUAGAAACUAAGGCUAACAUUGAUGAAUCUAUUAAAAAAUGGUCAGACUUUUCGGAAAAUGUCAAACAAGUUGGAAAAACUAUUGACAAAUUUGAAGAAACUUUAUCCGAAUUAACAAAAUUUGAAACAACGUUAUCUGAGAAACGAAGUCAAUUAGAAAAAAUAAAA